UUCUUCCAAACAUGAAUUAUUACUCGAGCAGCAGAUAAAGCUUAUUCAUAUGUUAGCAGGUACAAAGUUUACGCCAAAUACUUAACCAAGCAGCUCUAAUCCUACUACUAUUGCACCAUCACUUGAUGGUAUCGCUAACAGUAUCUCCGAGUCUCAUUACGAUCCGGAAUCCAAUGUCACCUUUGAUAUGUGGUUUCGACGUUACGAAGACUUAUUCAGAUUUGACUUUGCUAAUCAGGAUGAUGCUUAGAAGGUAUACUUGCUGCUUCGAAAAUCGGGUUCUAGUGAACUAGACAGGUAUUGCAACCUAAUUCUGUCUCUAAACCCACGCGGUCGCUCAUUCUCGAACACUGUCCAGUGAUUGAGCCAACAAUUCGGAAACAACUCCUCACUAUUCAAUACGCGCUAUCGAUGUUUGAAGCUCACCAUGAACGAAGAUGCUGAUUUUUUCACACAUGUGGGUAUCGUCAACCGAGAAUGAGAACGCUUCCGAUUGAAGUCACUUACUGAAGACCAAUUUAAAGCCCUCGUUCUCAUCAAAGAAGUUCAUUGACAUUAGAACACGUUUGCUAAGUAGAUUGGACCAAGACCUAAAACUAACUCUUAAUGAUAUUGCAAACGAAUAUCAACGUCUAAUCAAUCUACAGCGUGACACUACGAUGGUCUAACGUGGUGGUUCGGAUCGUACCGAAGUUCAUGUAGUCCAACAACCACCCAACUCUCAUAAAUCUGCCUCAACGAUAUCUAGUUCAGGUCAACAGACAAAAACAUAUCCUCCUUCCCCAUGCUGGCACUGCAGUGAAUGGCAUUUUGUUCGAAGCUUUCCACAUAAACAACAUCGGUGCAGGAAAUGUAAUGUGAUGGGUCAUAAAGAUGGUUUUUGUCGAAAAAAAGCCGUGCAGCUCCAGAGGUGCCAGCGAGCCUACCCCUAGAUUUAACACGAAUUCGUUGAGUCUAAUACUAAGCUGUAAGAACUCAACCCCAGUUGAGAGGAAAUUUAUUACCCUUAGUAUUAAUGGGCGCCCAUUUAGAUUGCGAAUAGACAGUGCAUCUGACGUAACAAUUCUCUCACGAACAUAUUGGAUCAGAAUGGAGAGACCAUGCACGGUGCCAACAACACACAAACCUCGAAAUUCAUGGGGUAAUUAUCUACGUUUGUUGGGACAACCGGAUUGCAAAGUUUCUUUUCACGAUCCGACGUUUACCGGGGUACCUUACAUCACACCAGUUUAUAUUAAUCUACUUGGUUUAAACUGGUUUGACCGACUACAUUUAACUGACGUUCCGUUAAGCACCGUAUGCCAUCUAGUGAAACAACCUCAUGAACCUGAAGUAUAUUCAAAAGAACUAAUGGUGGAGUUUUCAACCAUUUUCCAGCCUGUAUUGGGUCAGCGAAUUGCUAUGAAAGCAACACUUCGGCUGAAACGUGGAGCUAAACCUGUCUUCCGUCCAAAGAGACCAGUGUUGUACGCAGCGUUAUCGAAAGCUGACGAAGAACUCAACCGCCUUCAACUUCAGAGAGUUAUUACACCUGUUUCUUAUUCUGCACCUAUUGUGGUUAUUAAGAAGGUUAAUGGCACAAUCCGAAUAUGCGCAGAUUUUUCCAUAGGUCUUAACGCAGCUCUUGAACAGCACCAUUGCCCACUGCCAGUCACUUCAGAUGUUUAUGAUGUUAAAUGGUGAUAAGUUCUUUGCAAGGCUGGAUCUCGCUGAUGCCUAUCUACUAGUGGAAGUGGCUGAGGAUUCAAGAGAGUUACUUACCACAAAUACUCAGCGCGGCUUUUUUCAGUACAAUCGCCUACCAUUCGGUGUUAAAACAGCCCCAUCUAUUUUUCAGCAGCUAAUCGAUACCAUUCUAUCGGGUAUUCCGGGGGUCGCAACUUAUCUCGAUGAUAUCUUAAUUGUUGCCACAUCGUUAUAACAGCUUCGAGAACGCACGACAGCUGCACUACAACGCGUAAGCGAUGACGGAUUCCGAUUACGCCAAGAAAAAUUCCGGCUUUUCUUGAAGUCAGUUGAAUACUUAGGAUUCAUCUUUGAUACCACAGGUCGCGGACCAGAUCCUGAGGACAUUCGAGCUAUAAAACUGAUGCCGACUCCCACUAAUAUUUCUGGGCUACGAUCAUUCCUGGGAUUAAUUAGUUACUAUCCAGCUUCAGUUCCGUCGAUGCAUGACAUACGCGCUCCGCUAAAUCAUCUUAUGAAUAAGAAUACCAGCCGGAACUGGACAAAAGAAUGUGAAGCUGCAUUAUGCUAGCUGAAAACAGUCAUAAGCUCUGAACUAUUACUGACGCACUACGAUCCGUCCAUGCCUGUCAUUGUCGCCGCAGACGCUUCAGCUUUUGGACUUGUGUUUUCAGUACGCCGUUUCCACAAAUUCUUGUACGGUCGAAGAUUUACUCUUCUCAUUGAUCACGAGCCUCUUCUCACAACUUUCGGUUCGAAAUCUAGUGUUCCAACCCAUUCUGCAAACCGUCUCCAGCGAUGGGCUUUGAUACUUUCGGAUUAUGAUUUUGACAUUCAGUACGGGCGCGCUCAACAGUUUGGUCAGGCUAAUGCCUUGUCACGACUUGUCAGCGAACACCAUACGGCCGGUGAAGAUGCAGUUAUUGCCUCCCUAAUGACAGACGACCACGUGCAAUGUAACCUAACAUCCGCUAUUCGUGCUUUGCCAGUCUCAGCAGCUGAAACACAAUCUGAAUCCAAGAACGACUCCAUCACAAAGGAAGCGAUGAAAUAUGUCAGCAAGCGGCCAAGUGUAACGCGAAAGUACUGCCGGUCCCAUGGCCACAGUCUGAGUAUCCCUGGUCCAGGAUACAUGUCGAUUUCGUAUAUCAGGACCUACCAAAAAUGAACAAAGAUGAACACGAGAUAACUGGAAAAAUAUGUAUCCAACAUUUGUCAUGAUGUAACUGCCUAGUCUAUAAGAGCUUAUGCGAAAGGCACAUCAUUGCCUACUCUGACUCAUCGUAUCAAAAUAAUCACUAAUAUAUAACGGAGGACACAAUAAGACUGAAGAUAGAACGAUAUAUUUGAUAUAAAUAAAGGUGACGAGUUACAUUGAAACGACCAAGUUUGCAAGGCUGAAUCAUGCCAUCCGAUUGAAUUGAAUUAAUUCUUCCCGGCUUCUUCAUUGUUGGUCUUCUCUCCGCGUCAAAUGUUGAACAUAUAUUUUCCCAGUUAUCUCGUGUUUAGCUUCAAGGAGUGUGUAAUUAAAACCCAACGUCACUCUACUACUCUCCCACCAGAAUCAACGUGACGUCGGUUCGAUACCAUAUCGAGUGGGACUGUUGAGCGCCGAAGUUUACCAAAAGAACAAUAAGAAUCGUCCGGGUAUCGAUAAGCUGAAAAAUAAGUCAAAAGGAAAACGGCAACAACUGAUCGAAAAAUAUGUGUAAUAAUUUCAAAAAUUUUGAUUUUAUUAUUAAAACGCAAAAAAUGGAAAUCUAAGUGAAGAUUGCUUAGGAGUUGAACAGAGUGGGAUUAUAAUAAUUAGGAAUGACUUCGGGAUGAGAUAUACUUAACAGCUUUAUACUACAACAUGCAACUAUGAAAAAGUCUGUUGUUUACAGGCGAAGUACAUUAGAUUCAAAAAAUUAUUCAGCAUUUCUUAGUUCAAAUUAUCUUUGCCACAGAUUUAUAAAUAUUGUAAGAUCCAUUUUGAAUGCUUUGUGUGUUUGUGAAAAUCCCUCCAUGUAUACACUUGCACUUUGUUCCUAUUGAUCCCCUUAGUUGUACAUUGUUAGUUUUUUGAUUACAUUUGAAUCGUUAAUAUUUGCAUUUUAUCAUAGCUUUUAUUUUAUUACGCCUUCACUAAGUUUUUGUGCUUCUUCCCGAACUGUAUCUGCGUUGUUUUAUUUGACGCUUGUUCUUGGCAGCAGCCAUAUUGAUUCGCUCCUCCUUUUGUAUGUGAUCUAUCCAGUCAGGAUAGAGUAGCGUUCACUGUUGUAACUGGUAAUUUUCCCACAUCUUUUGUUAACUUUAUUUAAUGUUAUUUAGAUUUUAUUGAUAGAACAAUUAUUGGUUGAAUAGCCGGGUGGUAAUAUUUGUUUAGGUAACGAUUUACAUAUAAAUUUAUGGUGAAUUAUAGAACCGCUAUUUACCCGAUUACUUGUUUUGAUUUUGACGGGCAAAGGCGCGUGUCUAACGUACCUGGAAGGCUAUUCAGCAGUCCAAACCAUAGAUUGGAUCUUACAAAUAUCGCUAGGCUAACUUAAACAGCUUCUUAUGGAAAGUUUAUAACUCGUCAUAUUUCUAACUGAAGUCCUAUAAGUCAUCCCAACUUCAAAAAUAUUUUACAUCUUGGCCAAGUUUUUCUUGUUUUUUCUGUUCCUCAUCAACCUACACGUUAACCUAGCUUAUAAAUGUAUUUUACUAUAUCAUCUUUGCCGUUUAAAUUUAACAACAACCCGUACUCAUGUUGAGGCUGAACUAGGAAGCUUUUUAUCCACACUAAUAAACUUCCUCUGACCCCGAUAUUACUUAAAAUAUGUAGCAGUCGUUUGUGAGAAACUUUGUCAAAAACUUUGCUAAAGUCAAUGUAUGCUACUUCUCUAGGUAACCUGUGAUCUUUUAAUGAGCACCAAAUUUCACAGGCUACUAAUAAGUCAGUGAGACAAGAAUAACUCGUUCUAAAACCAUACUGCUUUCUAGAAAGAACCUGGUUUCCGAAGAGAUACUUUAAUAAUUUAUGGAUAGUCUUUUCUAAAAUGUUAACAGCCACGCUGGUUAAGCUUAGGGGUCCAUAGUUCUCAGGUUUCAUACGUUUUGUGAAUGUGGAACUUACUACGGCGUUCCUCCAGUCUUUCGGUAAUGGAUGGGUUAAAGAUAGACUGUAACUUAUGCUUAAUGAAAUCGCGACGAAAUUUGAAAGUUCCUCUGGUAACCUAGGAUGCAAUUCAUUGAAUCCCAGUAGAUGAAGGAGGAGAUGACACAAGUAUUCAGUGUUUGACAACGCUUCUACCAGCAACACCUAAUAUAAUUCGUAACCACCAAG